GUUCUCCUCCUCUCUUCCCCGCUUUGGUUUCCCAUUUGCGCCGAUGCGCCCACUACCAUGGGAAGAGGAUGUUAAGCGAAUUUGUUUAACAAGUGUACGGUCACCGGAAGCGAGAAGUUGGAUUUUUCCCCUCUCGCCAGAUGCUGCUGUAAUCCUCACGGACUCAUAAAUUGAUCGUUAUUUCCAAAGAUCAGAGUAACGUGCUCGACUUUGUCACCUUCAUCCUCUGGGGUCGCUCGGCAGCUGAUGCCCGCGUUGGGGGAUUGUUGAAGGGAUAAGGUCGUGGCAAUGAGCAAGCCGGCGCGCGUGCAGCGCGCGUCCUCGCCGCCCCUGGUUGCUUCGGCCGUCAUCUUGCUGCUAUUCUCCGCUUUACCGCACUGUCAGCCAUACACUUACGAGCAAGAUGGUCUGUAUAGUCCUCCUUGAUAUUUGCUACUAUUUUCUUAAAUUCAGUAUUCAUGAGCGUAGAAUAAACAUCAUUAUUGGUUCCAUAGCUUCAUGCGGGACACCAGAUUGUUUAGGCGUCCUUUUGUACCGUAUAAUUUACUUACCGCAAACGGAUAAUGCACUGAUUUAUGUUUUGGUACCUUAUGUCAUGUGUAUCUGUUCUGUUUAUCAGUGUUUGCGAUAAAUGGCUUGUACACGGCGCUUGGAGCACCGCAGCUGCCAAAUUGGACUGCAAAUGGCGGUGACCCCUGCAAUGAGGGCUGGCAGGGUGUUUCAUGCGUGGUCUCAAAUAUUACCUCCAUCAUGUUUCUCUUGUAGAAUUCUCAGCGGUGCAAACCUGGGUGGACAGCUGGGUAACACUUUGGGGAAUUUCACAUCAUUAAUCACCUUGGAUCUUAGCAACAAUAAUAUUGGCGGAACCAUACCCGAUGGUUUACCAGUCACAAUGCAGAAAUUCUUCCUUUCAGCUAACCAGCUAAGUGGUAACCUCCCAAGUACAUUGUCAUCCCUUACACUUUUGACAAGCAUGUCGCUCAAUAACAAUCAAUUAUCUGGAGAUAUACCGGAUGCAUUUUUAGCACUCACUGGACUAGCGAAUUUAGAUUUUUCUUUUAAUAACUUAACCGGUCCGCUGCCACCUUCAAUGGGAAAUUUGACAGCAUUGACUAGCCUGCAUAUUCAGAACAAUCAACUAUCAGGAACCCUUGAUGUGCUGCAAGAUCUUCCUUUCCAAGAUUUGAACAUAGAAAACAAUCUUUUCUCUGGUCCUGUGCCUGUGAAGUUACUCAACUUGCCAAACUUUAAGAAGGAUGGGAACCCAUUCAAUACCAGCAUAGCCCCAUCCGCUCAGCCUCCUGCAGCGCAAACACCAUUACCAUCAGUCUCACCUCCAGCUAGGCAUGUCCCCUCAAAAGAACCUUCAACCUCUUCUAGUGUUCAAGGAGGAAGUACUCCAGGAUCAGGAAAACGUACCAUUUCCACAAUCAAAUUAGUUGGAUAUAUCCUUAUCGGGGUGGUAUCAGCAGUAGUUAUUGUUCUAAUAGCAAUGUACUGUCUGUCCAAGUGCAAAGAAAGAAAGUCAAGGGAUGACAUUUAUACCAAAAACAAGAUGGGAAGGGUGCCUCAGAAGCUUGGAGAGCCUAAAAUCAAGGAAGUGGCAGAAAUCAAGGAGCCACCAGUAAAACUCGAGAAUAAUGUUGGGAAAGGUUCCACUUCCCAUAUUGUUUCUGAUUCAAAGGAGGACCAUAAGUUAAAAAUGCCAACAUCAGCAGCUUCAAAUGUGGUUUAUGAUGCAAGAGAUGGGCAGAAAUCAGACUCACCGGUGGCAGUUGCUCCUCGGGUGGUUGCAAUGAAGCAAAAAGAGCAUGUAAUUGAUAUGGAAAAGACUGAUACUUUCGUUGAGGAACAGCUGCAUUCUACGCAACCUUUUGCACAACCUUGGAAAGGUAGACCUGAAAAGGUGAUCGUCAAUCCCAGUGUUCGUACUAGAAAUGGAAGAGUACCUUCAGUUGGAAAGAUAGACCUGACAACUACUGUCAAGUCCUUUUCCAUUGCAUCCCUUCAACAAUAUACCAAUAGUUUCAGUGAGGAAAAUUUCAUAAGAGAUAGCAGGUUUGGUAAGGUAUUUCUGGCUGAACUUCCUGAUGGAGAGUUACUGGAAGUUUUGAAGAUAGAUGCUUUUAACUCAAAAGUACCAGUGGAUGCCUUUAUUGAGCUAGUUGUGAGCAUUUCUGAACUGAGGCAUCCUAACAUACUUGGGCUUGUUGGAUACUGUGCGGAGUUUGAGCAGCGACUACUUGUCUAUGAACACUGUAGCAAGAUGACUCUACAUGAUGAACUCCACUAUGUAGAUGACUCAAGCAAGCCAUUAUCAUGGAAUGCUCGCCUCCAAGUUGCUGUGGGGGCAGCAAAAGCAUUACAGCAUCUUCAUGAUGGUUGCCAACCACCAAUUGUACAUCAGAAUUUUGAACCAUCUGUUGUUCUUCUAAACAGCACCUUAGUUGUGCAUAUUUCUGAAUCUGGCCUUGCAUCAUUAGCAUCAAAAUCAGCAUCUCAGUUGUCUGGCCGUACCUUAUUCCAUUAUGAAGCCCCUGAGGUGCAUGAAUCUGGAUCCGUAAGUGAUCGAAGUGAUGUUUACAGCUUUGGUGUUGUUAUGUUGGAGCUUCUAACAGGGCGUAAACCUUAUGAUAGCUCACGUCCAAGGGCUGAACAACAUCUGGUGCGAUGGGCCACUUCUCAGCUCUAUGAUAUUGAUGCCAUAGCAAAGAUGGUAGAUCCUUCCAUUCAAGGACAGUGUUCUGAAAAGGCACUGUCUCGUUUUGCUGACAUUAUUAGCCGCUGCAUUCAGCACGAACCAGAAUUUAGGCCACCGAUGUCUGAAGUUGUCCAAGACUUAACUCGCAUGGUAAGUAAUGCAUCAAAGGCUUCCAUGUAGGCGGUCCCGAAGGUGGGGUGAAAAUGUGGGGCCUGUGCUUCAAAAUUGGAAUGCAGUUCUCUCCCAUCAGUUCUCUCCCAUGCUGUGAAGACGCAUUUAUGAUCAUUGAUGCAGUAGUAGGAUACUCUGGCCGACGCAAGAAGGAUGGAAUACAGUAGCAGGAUGCAAGAAUGCACCGUGUUUUAUCCAUUGCCAUAAUGCUCCUCUAAAUCUCUGGUCAAUUUUUUUAGUUCGAAGUUAUUCUUGUAACUUUGUAGUCUGCACAAUAUACUUCUCGGCUCCUGGUUCCGGUUCCAGAUCACUUGAUGUGAUCAUGAAUGGUUCCCUAGACAAUAUGUAAAUACAAGAACUGAAAUCGAUAUAUUAGAAUUUGAUUAUGUUCGGCCAGUGGAUCA